AUGGGCGCUUUGCUGCUGGUCGCGGCUGCGACGCUGGCGAUUCUCUACAUUUAUCGCCGCUUCUGUCGGCCCCACUCCACACUCCCGCCCGGCCCCACGCCCUGGCCGCUGGUGGGCAACUUGUGGACGCUGAAGCGGCAGGAGCGCUGGGAGACCAAGUUCAUCGAGUGGAGACGGGAGUUCGGGCCCGUCUACACGUACUGGAUGGGCCCGCUGCCGAUCGUCGCCAUCAACGAGUACCAGUUGGCGCACAAGUACUUCGUAACGCAGGGUGACGCGUUCUCCGGACGAAUGUAUCGACCGGAACUGUGUAAAAUGGUCCGCGGCGGACAAUACGGCUUGAUUGAUACGUUCGGGGAGAAUUGGAGCGAGCAGCGAAGGUUCGCGUUGAAAACGCUGAGGGAUUUUGGGUACGGCAAGAAUCAAAUGGAGUGUAUGGUAUGUUGUAGAGCUUGGUAGUGAGUCUUGGGCGUUUUUCAUAACAAUUUCCUAAAUUUUAUUGGAUUUUUUGGACAAUUAGAGUUUUUUUUUUUGGGCACUGAGUUUCUGAUCUUUUAGUGUAUGAUAAAAAAUGUUGAUUCUUUGGUCAUCUUUUCAAAUUAUGAAAUUUUUUGGUAUAUUGGAUUUUUUUCGCCCUUUUUAUAAUUUUUGGUAAAAUACGGGUAUUAGAUUUGGAUAUCGUAUAUUGAUUUGUUUUGUCCAAAAACAUAUAUCAACUUAUCAGUAACUAAUUGAAAUGACCCCUCUGCAUAUUUCGCUUCUUCAUUCCCACUGAAAAUUUUAUAAAAUUUCAAAACUUCCAAAUUCUGCAAAACGUUUUUUUUUUGGUUUUCUCUUUCCUUUGCAAAUGGUAAAAAUCACGUUGAACCUGUACCUUUAACCUUCAACGAAACAUACUUCCUAUCCAUUUCAAAACCGCCUUCCAUUUACGCAGUUUCUAACCUAUUUUUACUCUCGCCCAGCCAUGAUUAAUAAUCAUGAUUUUUCAGAUUUUGGCGGAGUUUGAGGCCAUGUGCCGGAAACUGAAUCGCGCCUUGGCCGAGAGAGAGCAAGAGCAUGACAUUGAGGCGUUUACUGACCUCGCUGUGGGCUCGGUUAUCAACUCGCUGUUGUGUGGAUUUCGGUUCACAGAAAAUGUGAGUUGAAAUUUUGAAUAAAACUUGUUUUUGGACAAAAAAGAGCUCAUUUAAAUGCGAUUUUAACUAGUCCACUCUGUUUGAAUUUUUUCGAGGUCUUUAGAUCGAAAGAUUUCAAAAAUUAAACAAUUUUUUUUAGCCAUAAAAUUUAAUUUUUUUCCAGUGGCGGAGCAUAAAAAAUCCGCAAAAAAUUGCUUUAUAAAAGAUUGCAAAAUUAUUGCCGAAACGCGAAAAAAAAAUAUUUUUUCUCAAACCGACCCUCUUCAAUUCGCAAUCUCCCUCGCAAAAAGAAUCAAAUAUCCGGGUUGUCCCUACAACAAAAAAAAACUCAAAUUUUUAGAAAUAAAUUUAUGGCCUACAUAGGCUUCAGAAUCUGUUCUUCACGGCCAAAAAAUUGAUUAAAAUUUGUGAUACUAUUAAUUCCUUGUCAAGCUUUUUCUUUCAAACUAUAGCCACUUGCAACUCCAAUUAGAACACAACAAAUAUUGCUUAUAAGCGGUUUUGGGUGCGCCCAUCAAAUUUUGCUCAUUUUUGGGACGUUCUGAUGACUUUUUCUGCCUUGAUUGUUGCUCAAAAGAUCGGUUAAGCUUAUUGGGAGGCAAAUUUUGGGAAGGGAUUUUGGUGAAGACAAAAAUUGUAGUUUUGAAAAAUAUGAAAACACACAUAUUGUUGAUUUUUUUCUCAUAUAUUGAUGGAAAUCUGAGCAAAUUUAGACUAGAAAGGGAAUGGUCUGAACUUCCCCCAACGUUCGGGAAAAUGACUAGUACAGGUGGAUAGAGCAGGUCGACUUUGGUAGAAAAAGGCAAUUUCCAGCUGCAAAAUAAGCACGGCCGACGAGAAAAAUCGACCGAAAGUUCCGAAAAAAUUUCCUCUUUCUCUUCCCUCGGAAAAGAAGAGGUGCUUCCAGUGGUUCGGUUGGCCGAGUGGAUAGAGCGUCCGCUCGAUAUUCUUUUGGGGUUUGGUUCGAUUCCGGGGCAGCGCGAGUGGCUAUGAUAAGGCUUUGGUAACGAAGGUAAACUCUUGUGGACCAAAAAAAUUAUUUUGCAAUUUUUUACGCCUUCUAGAGAUUGUAAAACACAUAAUAAUAAAGGAUUUCCAUCUAAAUUUUGCCAUUUUUCUAUAAGAUUCCAGAAAGGUGCCAGUCAUACUCCAAUAAUCUAGUCAUGGACUGUCUGUUUUCCGAACACUCUAGUGGACGUUUGUCAAAACCGCCGAUAUGAUCAAGAUGUGCUCCAGUUUGCUCCUUAUUGGAGUAUGAUUGGGAACGUUCUGGAAUCUUCCAGAAAAAAAUCGCCGGAAUUUACAUGAAAAUCCUUUAUUAUUAUGUGUUUUGCAAUCUCUAGAAGGCGUAAAAAAUUGCAAAAUAAUUUUUACCUUCGUCACCAAAGCCUUAUCAUAGCCACUCGCGCUGCCCCGGAAUCGAACCAAUCCCCAAAAGAAUAUCGAGCGGACGCUCUAUCCACUCGGCCAACCGAACCACUGGAAGCACCACUUCUUUUCCGAGGGAAGAGAAAGAGGAAAUUUUUUCGGAACUUUCGGUCGAUUUUUCUCGUCGGCCGUGCUUACUUUGCAGCUGGAAAAUGCCUUUUUCUACCAAAGUCGACCUGCUCUAUCCACCUGUACUAGUCAUUUUCCCGAGCGUUGGGGGAAGUUCAGACCAUUCCCUUGUUAGGAAAAUACAUUCUUUUUAGCUUUCGAUUUGCAGAAAAAAGAGAUUUUUAGUCCGAAAAUUGGUAAAAAUUCAACAUUCUUACGAGUUUAACAAGAAGUUCUGAGCCUUAUUUGGAGCAAUGUUGCUACAAAAAAAUCAACUUUUUAGCUGUUGAUGGAUUCAAAAAUGAUAACGUUAAAUUUGCAGGACCGUGAGGCCGAAUUUGCCCAAUUAAAAGCGACGACAACCAAAGCCAUUCAACUGGUAAUCAGCGAAUGGCCGAAUCUCGUCCUAAACAACCUCUGGCUCUUGAACGUCCCUUAUAUCGGACAGCCGGGCAGAGAAACGAUCGACACUUUCAAGCUGAUUUUUGACUACAUCGACAAUGUAAUUCAGGACCAUCUGGAUCGGAACGAUUACACUCAAGAGCUGCAACCUGAAAGCUUCAUCGACGCUUAUUUAAUGGAAAUUGAGAGGCGGAAACGGAGCGGAAAUCUUGGAGGAUUCUCCGUAGCCCAACUCCGGAAUGUGUGCUUCGAUUUGUGGAUUGCGGGACAGGUAAGAAAAAAAUUUGACUUAAAAUUAUCCGGCGAAAGUAUUGUAGUUUGAAUUUUGAUUCAAUUCAGGGUAUUUCUCGUCCGAUUUCUUUUGCAGAUAUCGUAUUUCAAGUAGUAUUUUUUUAUGAAAUUCGGGGGUUAUCGGUAUCCAUCUAGGCAUAGAUUUAAUCGACUACUUUUUUACCCAUUUUUUGGGAAUAUCGGAAGUUUCCACCAACUUUCGACUUGAAAAACUUGAUUGUUUUAUUAAAGCGUAAGCUAAGAAUCUCAUAUAUGUUGUAGCAUAAUGUAAUUUAAAUUUGUGCCAAGUUUCAUCAAAAUCCAAGUGUUGAACUUCAAACCCUUCCCUUGUUAAUAAAUCUCAUUUUUCCAUCCAAAAAUAAACUUUCUCAGAACGCUCUCCAAUCAUAUUUUCAGCCCUGCUGCAUGAUUUACAGUGAUUUGCUGGCACGCUUUUUUUAAAGAACAUUUUUGUAAAGUCUUUAUCAGUUCGACCCAAAAGUAGAUGAAUCGUUUUUCAGCGUGGCGUUCUGAGAAUUGCGGCGCUGUAAAGCGGUCAUCAGGCUUAAUUACCAACCUGUGUCCGGAGGGUGUUUAACGUUGAAAAAAAGAGAGAAAUCUGCGGUGUAAAAUUGGAGAUUGAUUGAGCAGAGGGUGUAGAGAAUGGUGUGAAGGUGUUUUGGUCAGAAAAUCGGGGAACUGGAGAUUUUUGGGGGCGAAAUAUGGGGUUCAAUAAGUCUUGGGAUGAGAAUAGUGAGAUAUGAAAGCCCCUUGGGGCUUUUAAAAUCAUUUGUUAUACGUAGACUGGUAUUUUUUGUAGGAUAGAUAAUUUUUCAAAAAAAUCAAAAAUCAUCAAUUUUCUCUUAAAAAAAAUUAAAACUUACCGUAAUAGAAGACAAUCAACAAAUGAAAAAAAUGUUUCCAGGAAACCAGCAGCACCUCCAUGACUUGGGCCUUGGCUUAUCUAAUCCGCUAUCCCGAAGUCCAAGCGAAAAUCCGACAGGAACUGGAUACGGUAAUUCGCAAUGGGAAUGUGGUCCGAAUCGCUGACCGAACCCAACUACCGUACAUCCAAGCUGUGAUAAUGGAAAUUCAACGUUGUUCGAACGUGGCCGGACAAAAUAUUCCGCACACAACGACGGAGGACGUGGUUGUGGAGGGGUAUUUUCUGCCGAAAGGGACGAUCACCGUCCCACAGAUCUCUGUCAUGAUGAUGGAUCCGGAGGUGGGCGCUUUAAUGGUUGUUGGCAAAAAAUAAUUAUAAAAAACAAUUUUUCACUGCCAAGAGAAAAAAUUUUAUGAAAAAAAACUUAAUUUUUUAUGAAACAUAUGAUCGUUAAAGGGUCAUAAGUUAAAGGGUCAUAUCUUACAUAUAUCUAUAUACAUAUACACAUGUCUUUAAAAAAACUUUCUGAACACCAAAGUUCGAGCUGUACGAUACGCACGUUUUUCGAAACAACGCGGGAUAGGUCAAAAAAAAUUUACCGGAAAAGUGCGCAAGGUCUGUCAUAUCAUCAUCCAUUUUUUGUAUUUGAUUUUACACUUGUGUUUUUUCGGAGCAAGGGCACAAUCGUUCACAAAAUAAUAAACUUUUGAAACGUCUCAAAAGACAUCCUAGCGUAGAGAUAUUUUGCGAAAGAACCUUUUAAUUUUGGGCUUGAUUUUUAGCCUACCUACAUAUAACAAGAGAAAUAUCCGUAGCCGCUAAUGUCAGUUUCCCAAUUUUAUUUUCAGGUCUUCCCCAACCCGGACGAGUUCAAUCCCGACCGUUUCAUCGACGAGAACGGCAACUUUGCCCCACGUCCCGAGCACGUUCCCUUCUCUCUCGGGAAACGUCAAUGUGUCGGCGAACCGCUGGGCCGCAUGGAGGUCUUCCUAUUCAUCUCCAAUCUCUGUUUGAACUACGAAUUUGCAGCUGGCAAGGUUCCGCCAACAUUGAAAAAGAUUGGAGGAAAUGCUACAGUAACCGAGCCCUUCACAUGUCUCAUAAAAAGACGGAAGUAG